AUGUCCGAAGUGAGAAAAUUUACCAAAAGGUUGAGCAAACCUGGAACGGCGGCAGAGCUCAGGCAAAGCGUUUCAGAGGCUGUGCGGACAUCGGUUGUUGUGGAGCAGCCAAAGAUCAUUGAGCCGUUGGAUUAUGAGAGCGUGGUCUUUCAGAGGAAGGCUCAGAUCCACAGCGAUCCUCACAGGGACCUGCUGAUCUGCCCGCCUGACGAUGUUUCGGAGUCCCAGAUCGCUCGUCAGAGGAGAACAGUUGUCCCCUCGGUACCUCAGAAUGCUGAAAGCGAGGCCCGAAGCCUGUUUGCCCAAGAGUGCAUCAAAAUGUACAACGCAGACUGGCAAGUGGUCAACUACAAAUACGAGGCCUACUCAGGAGACUUUCGCAUGCUGCCUUGCAAAGGCAUUAAGACGGAAAAGCUUCCAUCGCACGUGUUUGAAAUCGACGAGGGCGAAGAGGACUCCUCGUCCCUGUGUUCUCAGCGGGGAGGUGUGACGAAGCAAGGCUGGCUACAGAAGGCUAACAUUAACAGCAGUCUGUCUGUGUCUAUGAAGGUUUUCAAGCGGAGAUAUUUCUACCUGUCCCAGCUUCCGGAUGGUUCUUACAUUCUUAACUCCUAUAAGGAUGAGAAGAACUGUAAGGAAACCAAAGGUUCCAUCUAUUUAGAUUCCUGCAUCGACGUGGUACAGUGUCCUAAGAUGCGUCGUCACGGCUUUGAGCUGAAGAUGCAGGACCGUUACAGUCAUUAUCUCGCCGCUGACAGCGAGCUUGAAAUGGAGGACUGGGUCAACACUCUGAAACAGGCUCUCCAGAGCAGCACCGAUGACAAAAGGAAUGGAGCAGACACUGUGGACUGCUCCCUGGAUGAAGAUACCAGCAGCCAGGGCAAACCAGAGGGCAUUCUGGAGAGUUUGGGGCGGAGCCUGCAUCCAGAGCUUAUGAAGUAUGCCAGAGAAACAGACCAGUCCAAUAAAAUCAGUCGGAAUGAAGGAAGACAGAAGCUCUUCUCCCUGGAUCCAGAAACGCAGAGACUGGAUUUCUCUGGCAUUGAGCCAGACGUGAAGCCGUUUGAGGAGCGCUUUGGACGUCGACUCAUGGUGAGCUGUCACGACCUCACUUUCAGCCUGCAGGGCUGCGUCAGCGAGAAGAAUGACGGCGUCCUGACCAAUGUGGAACCUUUCUUCAUUAGCUUGGCUUUGUUUGACGUCGCCAAGGGCUGCAAGAUCUCAGCGGACUUUCACGUGGAUCUGAACCCUCCCUGUGUGAGGGAGAUGCUAACAGAGGCCUCCCCGCUAACACCCACAGACCCCGAGGGCACAAAUGGAGGAGGAGGAGGAGAAGGUGACAGGGUCAAAGGUAACAGCAAUGGACUGCCCAUACUCCAGAGGGUGCCUGAGUCUCUGCUCCGUUUCCCCACACAGGGCAUCUUCUCGGUGACCAAUCCCCACACCGACAUCUUCCUGGUGGCCCGCGUGGAGAAGGUUCUACAGAACGGCAUAACACACUGCGCAGAACCAUACAUCAAAACCUCAGACGUCAGCAAGACGGCUCAGAAGGUUCUGAAGGCUGCCAAGCAGACAUGCCAGAGGCUGGGCCAGUACCGGAUGCCCUUCGCCUGGGCUGCCAAGCAGGUGUUUAAAGAUGAACAGGGCAGUUUGGAUAUGGAUGGCAAAUUUUCUCCCCUCUACCGCCAGGACAGCAGCAAGAUCUCGAGCGAUGACCUCAUCAAGCUACUAGCAGACAUCAGGAAGCCAGAGAAGAGCAAACUGCAGAUUAUUCCAGGACAGCUGAAUGUCACCAUUGAAUGUGUGCCUCCAGACCUCUCAAAUUCGGUCACCUCCUCCUAUUUACCGGUCAAGCCUUUUGAGGAGGGGUGCGAGAGGGUGUCCACAGAGGUCGACGAAUUUGUCCCUGAAGAGGCCAAGUAUCUCCAACCCUUCACAGUCUAUAAACAUCAGCUUUAUAUCUACCCCCAGCUGCUUAAAUACGACAACCAGAAGACAUUUGCCAAGGCAAGGAAUAUAGCUGUAUGUAUCCAGUUCAAAGACUCAGAUGAAGAAGGGGCCAGUCCACUGAAGUGCAUCUACGGCAAACCAGGAGAGCCACUUUUCACUAGCAGUGCAUUUGCGGCGGUGUUGCAUCACAAUCAGAACCCAGAGUUCUACGAUGAGAUUAAGAUGGAGCUGCCUGUCCACAUCCAAAAGAAACACCAUGUGCUUUUCACUUUCUACCACAUCAGCUGUGAGCCAAGCAGCAAAACCGGCACCAAAAAAAGAGAAGGGGUUGAGUCUCUGGUGGGCUACUCAUGGGCUCCGUUGCUGAAAGACGGCAGGAUGCAGUCUGUCGAACUGCAGCUUCCUGUCGCUGCUAAUCUCCCCUCAGGCUACCUCUAUGACAAAAACCAAGACUCCAAGAAGGUGAGCCAACAAUCAGCUCCAGACAUCAAAUGGGUGGAAAAUGGCAAACCACUCUUCAAAGUGAAGACCCAUGUUGCAUCAACAAUAUACACUCAGGACUUGCAUCUUCACAACUUUUUUCAGCACUGCCAGCUGAUGAGAUCAGGGUCUGAGGGGAAUCCAGCAGAACUUAUCAAGUACCUAAAGUGCCUUCAUGCGGUGGAGACUCAGGUCAUCAUUCAGUUCCUCCCCACGGUGCUGAUACAGCUCUUCCACGUCCUCACCACAGCAAGCAAAGAACCACAAGAGAUAGCUGUCAACUCCACCCGGGUGAUCAUUCACGUCGUUUCCCGCUGUCAUGAGGAGGGACUGGAGCACUACCUGCGUUCAUUUCUCAAGUAUGUGUUUCAAACCAACAACACAGUAGCAGGCACGUCAAUGACUACACAUGAGGUCUUAGCCACAGCAGUCACUGCCAUACUCAAACAGACUGCAGACUUCAACACCUGCAACAAACUGCUCAAGUACUCCUGGUUCUUCUUCGAGACCAUGGCCAAAUCAAUGGCACAGUAUCUACAAGAGGGGAACAGAAUGAAGAUGCCUCGCGCCCAGAGGUUUCCAGACUCUCUCCAUCAGGUCCUGCAGUCCCUGCUGCUGUCCAUCAUGCCUCACAUAACCAUCCGUCACGUGGAGAUUCCAGAGGAGGCCCGAUGCGUCAACAUCAGCCUGGCCAGCUUCAUCAAGCGAUGCCUAAGUUUCAUGAACAGAGGAUUUGUCUUUAGCCUAAUAAACGACUAUAUGUGUGGAUUCAGCCUCAAAGAUCCUAAGGUGCUGACAGAGAUGAAGUUUGACUUUCUCAUGACUGUGUGUAAUCACGAACACUACAUUCCUCUUAACCUGCCCAUGGCUUUUGGCAGAACCAAGCUACAGAGAGUGCAGGACCAGAGCUUGGAGUACAGCCUAACCGAGGAGUACUGUAAGAACCACUUCUUGGUGGGUUUGCUGCUACGGGAGGUGGCAGAGGGAUUGCAGCAGAGCCCAGACAUCCGUCAGUUAGCCGUGGCCGUGCUGAAGAACCUCAUGAUCAAACACGCUAUGGACGAUAGGUACCUGGCCUUCAAGAACCAACAAGCCCGCAUCUGCUUACUGUACCUGCCGCUCUUUGAGUUGCUGUAUCAGAACCUCCAGCGGCUCAGCGUGCAGAAACAACCCCUCAGCUCUGCCCUAGGCUUCUCUGGCAACAGAGAAGACUCGUCAUUGGCUGGCUCCUCAGACGCCCGAAGAGCCAGUGCUAUCAUUGAUAAGGAAGCGGGUGUUAUUUCUCAAAAUGGGCAUGUAGUGAGAAGAGAGGACUCGAGAAGUUCAUUGUUUACAGACCCUGGAACAGCAGACAGUAACGAGUUGCACAGACGCGGUUCCACGAUGAGUACCCUGCCGUCCGUCGGCCGCCUUGGCCAGUACGAGGUGAAAGGACUGCUUUUGUGUUUCCUACACAUUGUAAGAACAGUGUCUGAAGACACUCUGCUGGCCUAUUGGAACAAAGUGAACCCGCAAGACAUCAUGAAUUUCCUCAGUCUGUUGGAGAUAUGUCUGGUACAAUUCCGGUAUAUGGGAAAAAGAAAUAUUGGCAGAAGCCAAGAGGCCUGGGUGUCCAAGGUUUUCUCCUCUGACAGGAAGGCCCAGACAAUGCCCGUGAUGCGCAGUCGGGCAGGACUCAUGCAGGCUCGAAUCCAGCAGUUUGGCACCAUGGAUUCUCCACUCACCCUAAACACUGGUGUCGGACCCUCUGAGGUGGAAAUCAAUCACCAGGCCCUGCUAGAGGGCAACAUCUCCACUGAAACCUCCCUCACAGUACUGGAUGUCCUUUCCUUCUUCACACAGAGCUUUAAGAACCAGUUGUUGGACAACGAUGGACACAAUGACCUAAUGAAGAAAGUCUUUGAUAUUUACCUGACCUUCCUGAGGGUCAGUCAGUCAGAGGCUGCAAUCAAACAUGUCUUUGCCUCUCUCAGAUCAUUCAUUGGCAAGUUCGCAGCAGUUCUCUUCAAGGGUCGUGUGACGUUAUGCGGAGCGCUGUGUUACGAGGUGCUGAAAUGCUGCGUGUCGAAACUCAGCACCCUGCGCGGAGAAGCCUCCGCGCUGCUCUACCUGCUCAUGCGCAACAACUUCGAAUACACCAAGAAGAAAUCCUUCUUACGCAUGCACCUACAGAUUGUCAUAGCAGUGAGCAAGCUCAUAGCAGAUGUGGUCCUUACAGGCAGCUCUCGCUUCCAGGAAUCGCUGUCUAUCAUUAACAAUUUCGCAAACAGCGACAAGGCGAUGAAGACCACAGUAUUCCCGUCAGAAGUCAAGGGGCUUACCAUGCGUAUCCGGACAGUCCUGAUGGCCACCGCUCAAAUGCGGGAACAUGAGAAAGAUCCAGAAAUGCUUUUGGACCUGCAGUAUAGCUUGGCCCGUUCUUAUGCCAGCACGCCAGAGCUCCGACGCACUUGGCUAGACAGCAUGGCAAGAGCUCACGUGAAGAACGGAGACUUCUCAGAGGCGGCGAUGUGUUAUGUCCAUGUUGCUGCACUGGUGGCUGAGUACUUGCACAGAAAAAAGUUGUUCCCUAGUGGGCUGGCAGCUUUUAAGAAGAUCACUCUGAACAUUGAGGAGGAAGCAGCAAUGAAGGAAGACACAGGCAUGCAGGACGUGUACUACACUGAGGAAAUCCUAGUGGAGCAUCUGGAGGUGUGCGUGGAAGGCUUGUGGAAAGCCGAACGUUACGAGCUGAUAACACAUAUCGCCAAGCUCAUCGUGCCCGUGUAUGAGAAACGACAUGAGUUUGAAAAGCUGAGGCGUCUAUAUGACACACUACAGAGAGCCUACUCUAAAGUUCUGGAGGUGAUGCAAUCUGGACGCCGACUGCUUGGAACUUACUUCAGGGUAGCCUUCUAUGGACAGGGCUUCUUUGAAGAGGAAGACGGGAAAGAAUAUAUUUACAAAGAGCCCAAACUCACAGGCCUGUCAGAAAUCUCUCAGCGCCUGCUGAGUCUGUACGGAGACAAGUUUGGACCAGAGAACGUCAGAAUCAUCCAGGACUCAAAUAAGGUAAACCAAAAAGAGCUGGAUCCAAAGUUUGCCUACGUCCAGGUCACCUUCGUCAAGCCGUACUUCGACGAGAAGGAGCUCUCGGACAGAAAGACGGACUUUGAGAAAAGUCACAACAUCAACCGCUUUGUUUUCGAGACACCGUACACUCUGUCGGGUAAAAAACACGGAGGAGUUGAGGAACAGUGCAAAAGAAGAACCGUACUAACAACGUCGAACACGUUCCCGUACGUGAAGAAACGGAUCGAGGUGGUGGGCGAGAAACAGCUCGACCUGAAACCCAUCGACGUUGCCAUCGAUGAAAUGAGGGAGCGCAGUGCGGAGCUGCAGAAACUCUGCUCCUGCCAGGAGGUGGACAUGAUCCAACUCCAACUCAAACUGCAAGGAUGCGUCAGCGUACAGGUUAAUGCAGGUCCUAUGGCCUAUGCCAGGGCUUUUCUUGACGACUCUAAAAGCGGCCAGUCCAACAAUAAGAAAGUGAAGGAACUCAAGGAGAUUUUCCGGCGGUUUGUCCAGGCCUGCAGCGUAGCAUUAGAUAUCAACGAACGUCUAAUUAAAGAAGACCAGUUUGAAUACCAUGAAGGCCUGAAGGGUAAUUUCAAAGACAUGGUGAAGGAGCUGUCAGAGAUCAUCCAUGAACAGAUCUUCCAAGAAGACAUGAUGCGUUCCCUCCUACAGAACUCCAUACACGUUUUCCGUGCCAUUAGCGGGACGUCCACUGACCUCGGUUAA